AGACCGUGUGUGGUGUCAACGGGCCACUGGUGGUGCUGGACAAUGUGAAGUUUGCCCAGUACGCCGAGAUCGUGAACUUCAUGCUGCCCAAUGGCACCAGCCGCAGCGGGCAGGUCUUGGAGGUGAUGGGCUCCAAAGCCAUCGUCCAGGUGUUUGAAGGAACAUCUGGGAUUGACGCCAAGAAGACCUCCUGCGAGUUUACUGGGGACAUCCUCCGGACCCCGGUUUCUGAGGACAUGCUGGGUCGGGUCUUCAAUGGCUCUGCCAAACCCAUCGACAGCGGUCCCCCAGUGAUGGCCGAGGACUUCUUGGACAUUAACGGCCAGCCCAUCAACCCCCAUGGCCGCAUCUAUCCCGAGGAGAUGAUCCAGACUGGGAUCUCGCCCAUUGACGUGAUGAACAGCAUCGCCCGGGGCCAGAAGAUCCCCAUCUUCUCCGCUGCUGGCCUCCCCCACAACGAGAUAGCUGCACAGAUCUGCCGACAGGCUGGCCUGGUGAAGAAGUCCAAGGAUGUGAUGGACUAUCAUGAGGACAACUUCGCCAUUGUCUUUGCUGCCAUGGGGGUGAACAUGGAGACAGCUCGCUUCUUCAAGUCAGACUUUGAAGAGAACGGCUCCAUGGAGAAUGUGUGCCUCUUCCUCAACCUGGCCAACGACCCCACGAUCGAGCGGAUCAUAACCCCCCGCCUGGCCCUGACCACCGCCGAGUUCCUGGGCUACCAGUGCGAGAAGCAUGUGCUGGUGAUCCUGACGGACAUGAGCUCCUACGCCGAGGCCCUGCGGGAGGUGUCAGCAGCCAGGGAGGAGGUGCCCGGCCGCCGCGGCUUCCCCGGCUACAUGUACACCGAUCUGGCCACUAUCUACGAGCGAGCUGGGCGUGUGGAGGGCAGGAAUGGCUCCAUCACGCAGAUCCCUAUUCUGACCAUGCCCAACGAUGACAUCACCCACCCCAUCCCUGAUCUGACGGGCUUCAUCACCGAGGGGCAGAUCUACGUUGACCGGCAGCUCCACAACAGGCAGAUCUACCCCCCCAUCAAUGUGCUGCCCUCCCUCUCCCGUCUGAUGAAGUCGGCCAUCGGGGAGGGCAUGACCAGGAAGGACCACGGAGAUGUCUCCAACCAGCUGUAUGCCUGCUACGCCAUCGGGAAAGAUGUGCAGGCCAUGAAGGCGGUGGUGGGGGAAGAGGCCCUCUCACCUGAUGACCUGCUCUACCUGGAGUUCCUGCAGAAGUUUGAGAAGCAGUUCAUCACACAGGGUCCCUAUGAGAACCGGAGCAUCUUCGAGUCCCUGGACAUCGGCUGGCAGCUGCUGCGCAUCUUCCCCAAGCAGCUGCUGAAGCGCAUCCCCGAGAACAUCCUGGCCGAGUACUACCCACGCGAGGCCAAUGUGGGCCAGGGGAUGGCCAGCACGGCCCUCUAACACCCCUGGGCUCUGGGCUGCGAUGGUCAGCUUCGAGGAGCAGCCUCGCCUUCCUCAAAACCUCUAUGGACCAUCCAAAGGUCCCUCCAGUGGGGCUGGCCAGCGUUAGCUGUUAGGAGGGUACAGAGGGCUGUGGGUCCAUGGCGCCAGCGUCGCAAAGUGGUGAGAAACCUCUUCUCCUUGCUGAAUAAAACCAGCGUG